AUCCCCUGCGGCGGGGGUGGAGCUAGGGGCGGGGCCUGCGCGGAGAGCGGCGCGGACGGACGGGCUCAGGGGCACGCGGGCCGGGGGGACCCGCGGGGCAUCAUGGCCGUGGGCACAGGCACAUCCCUGGCGCUCUCCUCGCUGCUGUCGCUCCUGCUCUUCGCCGGGAUGCAGAUGUACAGCCGGCAGCUGGCCUCCACUGAGUGGCUGACCAUCCAGGGCGGGCUGCUGGGCUCCGCACUCUUCAUCUUCUCCCUCACUGCCUUCAACAACCUGGAGAACUUGGUCUUCGGUAAAGGAUUCCAGGCCAAGAUAUUCCCUGAGAUCCUCACCUGCCUCUUACUGGCUCUCUUUGCCUCUGGCCUCAUUCACCGAGUCUGUGUGACCACCUGCCUCAUCUUCUCCAUGAUUGGCCUCUACUACAUCAACAAGAUCUCCUCCACACUCUACCAGUCUGCAGCACCUGUAGCUGUUCCCACCAAAGCUGUUGGCAAAGGCAGGAAGAGGAAUUGAUGUCCCAUGGCCCCUCUCCAGGCGUAGCCCCCUCACCUCUAGCCUGCACUCAGACUCUGAGCCAACCAAUAAAGCAGUCUCUUUGUAA